AUAUACUCGCAGGACUGGGGUAGCAGCGCAAUCCGUGGAUCCAUUCUCCCUCGUUACCCGGAGGCACUCUUACGAGAGGUUUGGAACCAACAUCCUUAUCCUUGGGUUGACGAGCGAUACCAAGAAGGCGCUUUCUGUCCCAAUCUCUACCUCAAUGACGACGGGAUUGGAGUGUAUCUGGGCGAAAUCAUUGAUCAUGAUCGUGUGGCAAUACCCUCCAAGCCCUUUUUCGCCAUUGAGCCUGUAACAAGCAACGAAUUUGUGAAAGCAGCACUCAAGGGCCCCGAGGCCACGAAGAUGUGGGAGCGUAUAGACACAGGAUUGAAGAAAAUUCUUGAGACGGUUUUCAGGCAGGUCGUUCUGGACUGCAACAUUACCGAUCAAGGCGGCCCAUUCUAUAUUGAUGAGAUUGCUCUGGCAUACCCCUUGUAUUGGACGGAGGUUGAGCGGAGCAAGUACGAGAGGCUGGUCAGAGAGGUGUUGUCAACUUUUGACGACGUAUGCCUGAGCCAUGUUCGACCUCCCAUUGUGUUUCACCAAGAAUGUUUAGCCGCCGCCCACAAUCUCUUCACAAGCAUCACACAGAGCGAAGCUGUCAUGGGCCCCAUCACGGAAUCACCCCUGCUAAAUGAAUGCAAGCACAUUGUCGCCAGACGAGAUCUUGAUGAUCUGAGUUACUCUGUUGUGGGCAGCCCCUUAGUCGCAAGAGGUGGCACCCAAGUUUGGGAACAGGAGAUUGCCGCAUUUGCGGUUCAAACCUUGGAGAGAAAACGGAACGCGGCUCUUCCCCCAAGUGCGCUGAAAGGCAUCCUGCGUCACUUCCAUCAAGAUAUCAAGAGCUUGAGGGCAGAUGAGAUAGGGGACAUGCGUCUUUUCUACGAAGACGAGUCCGGGGGGCAUAUUCUUGUUGUCCCCGCUGAAAAGGCCAAGCUGUGCUUUUGGAAAGCCAUGAGGGAGCCCCUUCAACUCGCAACCACAGAGAUUUUCGAAGCCGCCUCUUUGAGCGAUGAUGUGCGUGUGGUGGUUUACGGCGGCAGCGGUCAGAACUCAGUCGUUCAGUCCAAGAUCAAGGCAGCGUGCGAGAAUGCCGGGGUCAAACCCCCUUACUUCGCUCAAAAUGGUUCACGUGCGAAGCAAACAUGGAAUGUCGUGAAUGGGGCCGCGUAUGCGACGGUACGAACAGUAUCUGUCGAAGAGUUCAUGAGAAAAGGAGCUGCUUUUGGGAUCCGAAAGAGUGCCCUCAAGCCUGGUGCACGAACCAGUGAUAAAUGUCCUGCCGUCGACUGGAAAUCAGAUGUAGCUGUUGCUCUUGAUUCUCGAUCUUCAAAACCUUACCGGACAUGGUGCACGGGUAGCACCAGAAUGAAGAUCAUCUGCGACCCUUACUCGCAAGCGGGUGCAGAGAAGAAAAACAACAUGUUGGACAUUGACCGCUCGUACGAUCUUCUCGAACUUCCACAGCCUUCUCAAGGAUAUUGGAAUUAUCGCCUUAGCCUCCGCAGGGAAGCCAACACCACGAAGCUUGUCAUACGAAUUGAGAAUAUGGGCAAGGCCGGAGCACGAGUCAUAGGCACUCCCAUUCAGCAUUCAUUUCCACUCUACGUCGAUGGCACAUCGAACGCCUGUCUUCUGGAUGUGGAUGUAAAUGAUGAGGGUCGCGGCUUUAUGCUCUCAGAAAAGGGUCACCUGAAGGCCUGCCCCCCUGAAGUCAUACAAGAGCAACUUCAACAGAUGCGCAGGGCUAAGCGUGGUGCUGGUGUCAAAAGAAAAAGACCCCAUUCCCGAGUACCCGGGGUAAAGCCUUCCGGCCACUUGCCGCCGUUCAAGAGAAGGGCCACGCCUCAUUCUGCACAAACGCAAACUCUUGUCGAAAGUUCAGACGAGACGGCCAGCAGUGAUUCCGAUAUGGGAGUUGGUCACUAUGGGUUUCGUGGGAUAGGCACAGAGUUGGUUGAUGUGGGCCAGGCUUUCGCUACGUCGUCUUCAAGUACGGAUGGUUUUUGUUUCGCGCCGUACGAAGCUCUUAAGGAGCUGGGCAAGCGAUACGGGAUGAGUCAAGACGAUGCUCGGCAGGUUUGA